AUGGUGACCGUGAGGAAAAGGACUCUCAAAGUGCUUACCCUCCUCGUCCUCUUCAUCUUCCUCACCUCCUUCUUCCUGAACUACUCCCACACCACGGUGGCCACCACCUGGUUCCCCAAGCAGAUGGUCGUCGAGCUGUCCGAGAACUUCAAGAAGUUCAUGAAGUACGCGCACAGGCCCUGCACGUGCGCCCGCUGCAUCGGGCAGCAGAAGGUCUCGCCCUGGUUCGACGAGAGGUUCAACCGGUCCAUGCAGCCGCUGCUCACGGCCCAGAACGCGCUCCUGGAGGAGGACACCUACGGCUGGUGGCUGAGGCUCCAGCGGGAGAAGCAACCCAAUAACCUGAACGAUACCAUCAAGGAGCUGUUCCAGGUGGUGCCUGGGAACGUGGACCCCCUGCUGGAGAAGAAGUCGGGGGGCUGCCGGCGCUGUGCCGUGGUGGGCAACUCCGGGAACCUGAGGGAGUCCUGGUACGGGGCUCAGAUAGACGGCCACGACUUCGUGCUGAGCACCUACGUCCCUGUCCCCGCGAAGAUCAAAGUGAAAAAGAAUAAGAUCCUGAUCUAUCAUCCGGCCUUCAUCAAAUACGUCUUUGACAACUGGCUGCAGGGCCACGGGCGAUACCCAUCCACCGGCAUUCUGUCCGUCAUCUUCUCGCUGCACAUCUGCGAUGAGGUAGACUUGUACGGCUUCGGGGCAGACAGCAAGGGGAAUUGGCAUCACUACUGGGAGAACAACCCAUCGGCGGGGGCUUUUCGCAAGACCGGGGUGCACGAUGGAGACUUUGAGUCCAACGUGACGGCCACCUUGGCGUCCAUCAAUAAAAUCCGGAUAUUCAAGGGGAGAUGACGCUGCAAAGGAGA